AUGGAGUUUUGCCCACCAAACAAACACACCACAACCGUAACCGCAAUCGCGACUAGUGACCAGCUUAACUGGAAUGUAGCGGCAGAGGCUUUGAAAGGGAGCCACCUAGAGGAGGUGAAGAAGAUGGUGAAGGAUUAUAGUAAAGGAACGGUGUGGCUCGGUGGAGAGACGCUGACUAUUGGUCAAGUUACGGCGGUGGCGAGAGGAGGAACGACGGUGGAGCUUAGGGAGGAGGCUCGAGCCGGUGUGAACGCGAGUAGUGAAUGGGUGAUGGAGAGCAUGAACCGUGGUACGGACACUUAUGGGAUCACCACUGGAUUUGGUUCUUCCUCUCGUAGGAGGACCAAUCAAGGUACUGCUCUUCAAAAAGAGCUUAUUAGGUACUUGAACGCCGGAAUAUUCGCUACCGACGACCGAGAUGACGACACGUCAAACACGCUUCCCCGGCCGGCUACAAGAGCGGCGAUGCUUAUCCGUGUCAACACACUCCUCCAAGGCUACUCCGGUAUACGAUUCGAAAUUCUUGAAGCCAUCACAAAAUUCCUCAACCACAACAUCACACCGCGCCUCCCACUCCGCGGCACCAUCACCGCCUCCGGCGACCUCGUUCCCUUAUCCUACAUCGCCGGAUUCCUAACCGGCCGACCCAACUCCCGAUCCGUGGGACCCUCCGGCGAGAUCCUCACUGCCUCGGAGGCAUUUAAGCUCGCGGGAGUAUCGACCUUUUUCGAGCUCCGCCCUAAGGAAGGGCUUGCGCUCGUUAAUGGGACUGCGGUGGGGUCUGCCUUGGCCUCAACGGUACUGUACGAGGCCAACAUUUUGGCUGUUUUCUCUGAGGUUGCUUCUGCGAUGUUUGCGGAGGUUAUGCAAGGGAAACCGGAGUUUACUGAUCAUCUUACGCAUAAACUUAAGCACCAUCCUGGUCAGAUCGAAGCUGCCGCGAUCAUGGAGCAUAUCUUAGACGGGAGCUCUUAUGUCAAAGAAGCUCAACAACUCCACAAAAUUGAUCCGCUUCAGAAACCUAAACAAGAUCGUUAUGCUCUGCGUACGUCGCCGCAGUGGCUUGGACCGCAGAUUGAGGUGAUCAGAAUGGCGACUAAAAUGAUCGAACGGGAGAUAAACUCUGUCAAUGAUAACCCUUUGAUCGAUGUUUCGCGGAACAAAGCUAUUCACGGUGGAAAUUUCCAGGGGACACCGAUUGGUGUCUCCAUGGACAACACUCGUCUAGCCAUCGGUUCAAUCGGUAAACUAAUGUUUGCGCAAUUCACUGAACUUGUCAAUGAUUUCUACAACAACGGUUUACCCUCUAACCUAUCCGGCGGGAGAAACCCUAGUCUCGAUUACGGGUUAAAAGGUGGAGAAGUCGCCAUGGCUUCUUAUUGCUCCGAGCUCCAGUUCUUAUCUAAUCCUGUGACAAACCAUGUUGAGAGUGCUUCGCACCACAAUCAAGAUGUUAACUCCCUUGGUCUGAUCUCAAGCCGCAAGACCGCGGAAUCUAUGAAAAUCCUCAAGCUCAUGUCAACGACUUACUUGGUAGCUUUGUGCCAAGCCAUUGAUCUGAGACAUCUUGAAGAAAAUUUUAAAAAUGCGGUUAAGGCAGUUGUGAGCGAGACCGCCAAGCGGGUACUAGCCGUCGAACCAGUCAACAUCAUUCGAGUUGUCGACCGCGAGUAUGUCUUCUCAUAUGUUGAUGAUCCAAGUAGCCUCACUAACCCUCUAAUGCAAAAGCUUAGACACUUCCUUAUGGACCACGCUUUAGCUGAACCGGAACGUGAGAGUGAGGCGGUCUUUCGGAAAAUUGGAGCGUUCGAGGCCGAGCUGAAGUCUCUCCUCCCUAAAGAAGUGGAACGAGUCCGGACCGAAUACGAGAACGGUACGUCUGAUGUGGCUAACCGAAUCAAGGAGUGUCGGUCGUACCCGUUGUACCGGUUUGUGAGAGACGAGCUCGAGACAAGGUUGCUAACCGGAGAGAAUGUCCGGUCACCGGGAGAGGAUUUCGACAUAGUUUACGCGGCAAUCUCUCAAGGAAAACUCAUUGAUCCUCUGUUUGAAUGUCUCAAAGAGUGGAAUGGAGCUCCGAUUCCAAUCUGCUAA